GCGAAGUAGAGGUUAAUUAUGGGUAAGUUCAAAAGGGUUUGUGUCUUUUGUGGAAGUAAUUCAGGGAACAGAAAGAUAUUCAGUGAUGCAGCUCUUGAUCUUGGCAGACAGCUGGUCGAAAGGAAGAUGGAUUUGGUCUAUGGGGGUGGGAGUAUUGGGCUAAUGGGUUUGGUUUCUCAAACAGUUUAUGACGGUGGACGUCAUGUUCUUGGAGUAAUCCCCACAGCUCUUGUCUCAGUUGAGAUAUCAGGCCAUGCAGUAGGAGAAGUGUUGGUUGUAUCCGAUAUGCAUGAAAGAAAAGCAGAGAUGGCUCGUCGAGCUGAUGCUUUUAUUGCACUUCCUGGGGGCUAUGGGACAAUGGAGGAGUUGCUGGAGAUGAUAACUUGGUCCCAGCUAGGCAUCCAUCACAAACCUGUAGGUCUGUUGAACGUUGAUGGGUAUUAUGAUUGCUUGCUGGGGUUGUUCGACAAAGGUGUGGAAGAGGGAUUUAUCAAGCCUUGUGCAAGGAACAUUGUGAUAUCCGCAAAGAAUGCUGAAGACCUCAUUCAGAAGAUGGAGGAGUAUGUGCCCGAGCGAGACCGAGUGGCGCCAAGUCAAAGCUGGAGCAAACACUGCACCAAUGAUAUGAAUCGGUAGCGGUUUGCUUCCUUUGGGCACCUUAAGAGGAAAAACACUUUCUUUUCGUUGUUGUACUUGCAAUAUUAUCUUUACAUAGGUGUCUGUGCUUGAGUUGGCAAAUGUACGGUUGAGCUUGGGUCAUAUUGCUUCAGGUUUUAAAGAAAUUGAAUAAUUUUAAUUUUGGA